AUGGUGGUGCAUUGUGUGCAUUUAAAGGCCGCAAGUGUGGGUCAAAGAAUUCUCGGCCUGAGUAGUGCGUCAACCCACCCGAGUCGCAUUGUACAGCAUCUGCCCAGAGCCCCAGUGCCCGCCGAUUCAAUCUGCAUUCCAACUUUCUCAAUGCGUAACUGCCGACGACAGCAAGGACAGAGAGCCAAUCGUCCCAGAUUGGCUCCAAAAGCUGAGGAGGUCACUGCCACGACUGGAGCGACAGUGGAAGGAGGAAGCAAUCUCAGCCGCGCAGGCGCAGCCAUGGAGACCUUCAUGGGAGUGCCUAGCCUCCAAUUCGUUAAGUUUAGUGACGUCAAGCAAGCCCUGGAGGCCUUCAUGGGAGAAGGAACGGCCCGAGCAGGCACAGCUGAAGGACCUGGCGCCAAAGUUGAUGCCAGCCUGGCAGCCUUGUCCAAAAGGCUGCAAAUCUUCGAAGGAGGCAGCCAGGCUGCCAAGAAACUUGAAGAGCUUCAUUUAGCUGCCAGGCUGCAGCAAGAAAGGAAGUGUGAAGAUGACACAGGUGACAAAGAUGACAUUGAUGCAUUUUCGCAGUCUGACGCCAAAACGGUAGCGACGACGUCUUUGCACUCAGAGGCUGGGAACGAGUCUGUCAGCCGGGACGCCGACGUCCACAGCGAACAGAGCUACUCAGAGCUGCUAACUGAUGCCUCUGCUGCGGAGGACAGUUUGCAGCACAUCCUUGCCAGAUUGCAAGAUGAAUCUGCGCAGCUCUCUCCUUUGCGAGAAUGGCUCUUCAACACUGUCAGGGACGCUGCCAAAGAGGCACUCGGCGAGAACUUCGAACGAAUGAUCUUGGUCGGCAGCGUUGCUUUGCAGAUAGACAUCCCGUCUUCAGACGUGGACGCCGUUACCUUUACCACCGGUGCCACCGGGGUGGACGGCAUCCAAGCGCUUCAUGCGACUGCAGCGGCCUUGCGGAAGCAGGAGCCAACCCUCAACGUGCAAGUCAUUGCAACUGCUCGUGUGCCUAUUCUGAUGGUUUCAACGGCAGACCAUGCUGUACGAAUGGACAUGUCGGUGAAUCAAAAGCUCCCAGAUGAGCAUGCUCGCUGGGUGGGAGAUUUGAAAAUCUUCAGGGAAGAGCAGCAGAUCGCACGAGACUUCCUAAGAUCUGUGAAAUACUGGCAUUCCCAGCGUCAGAUUCCUGGAACAAAAGAGGGGGGCUAUCCAGCCUUGGCGUGGUUGUUCUUGGCGCUACAUGUCCUGACUGUGCAUGCCAGGGGCACCAGCUCGAGUAGUCAGAGACCUUUGAAACUGCUCAAGGAGUUCUUCACUCUGAUGGGUACGGAUUCUACGGAUGGUACUAUGUCUAAGCUCACUUCCUGGUGCGCUCCGCCAACAUGGCGAACACAAGGCUUUUGGCCAUUUCCAUCCAUACAGGAUCCAGUGACAAACAUGACAAGCAUGACAAACUCAGGAGGCCCACACGGUGCACACUUUUUGACCCACGAGAUCCCUGCAGCAACGCAACUGCUUUAUGCAGCUGAAUUCCGCCGGGCACAGGUGUUGAUAGCAGCUGCUGAGCGCACUGGGUCCAUUGCACCUUUAUUCGAGCCAAGGGAUCGAGCAACAUCUUUGCCUGUUGCCUAUGAUGGUGACAUCGCACUGAUAUUGAAAGGAGGAAAGAUUUGGGCAGUGGAACCGCUGGCUGUCCGCCAAUUACGUGGUGGUUGGAAGGCUCCAUUCCUUCAUCGAUGUGAUUGCCAAAGUCAGGUGCGCGCGCGUGUCCACGGCGUUGAUGGUCGCACUGGCCUUUUGACGCCUUUUCCGGAGUUGAGGGCGACGAUGGACUUCACCCCUUCUGAAUUUGUGGCCACAGUCGCGCAAUGUCGUGGGGAACGUGGAGUGCGUCGUUUGGCACCUGGUGACUUGCAACUUUGGCAGGACAUGUGUCAGCUGCUUCAGAAGGGUGAGCCAUUAACUUCCCAAUUGUGA